CAAAGGUCACGGCAGUAACGAAGAUUCCGCCACCGUAGCAGCCUCGCUCACUGUCGCACUUGGUUAUUUGUCAGGGGAAAUUUCACAAGCGGGCGAUCUGCACCACAGCCAAACUGGAAGAAAUCAUGGCACGUCUCGUAGCAAUUUGCAGGGAAGGGGAAGAGGACUACCCAUUUCUCGCCAGACAGAUUCCCCUGUAUAUCGACGAUACACUCACGAUGGUGAUGGAAUUUUCUGAUAGUGUCAUGGAUGUUGACAGCAACGAAAUAAACAUGUCUCAUUGGAAACAGUUUUCUGAGUAUUACUCCAAGUUGAAGCAACAGGACUUGAAUAUCGCCCUGAUGGUGACAUCCAGAGAGGUCUACAGCGCAUUAUCUCAGCUGGUGCCAUGCGUUGGCUGCAGACGAAGUGUGGAGCGCCUCUUCUCACAUUUAGUGGAAUCAGGGAACCCGGCCCUGGAGCCCCUCACAGUGAAACCCACAGGCAUGCUUUCUGUCACCAAAGCCUGUUUAGCAGACGUAAAGAAGCUUUACACCCUCUUCUACGUCCAUGGCUCAAGGUUGAAUGACAUGAUUGAUGCCAUUCCAAAAAGUAAAAAGAACAAGCGCUGUCAGUUACACUCCUUGGACACACACAAGCCUAAACCUUUGGGGGGAAGCUGGAUGGAUGUGUGGGAGCUGAUGUCUCAGGAGUGCAGGGAUGAGGUAGUCCUCAUUGAUAGUGCUUGUCUUUUAGAGACUCUGGAGACAUACUUGCGUAAACACAGGUUUUGCACUGACUGUAAGAAUAAAGUGCUGAGGGCAUACAACAUCCUGGUGGGGGAGCUGGACUGCAGCAAAGAGAAGGGGUAUUGCGCCACCUUGUAUGAGGGACUAUGCUGCUGCCCCCACGAACGCCACAUCCAUGUGUGUUGUGAGACUGACUUCAUCGCUCACCUCCUUGGCCGAGCGGAGCCUGAGUUUGCAGGAGGUUAUGAACGCAGAGAGAGACAUGCCAAGACCAUUGACAUUGCACAAGAAGAAGUCCUGACCUGUCUGGGUAUUCACCUCUACGAGCGCCUGCACAGGAUCUGGCAGAAACUACGAGCAGAGGAGCAGACCUGGCAGAUAUUGUUCCAUUUGGGAAUUGAUGCACUACGCAAAGGUUUUGAGAUGGCGGUGGAGAAGAUGCAAGGGAUCAGUCGCUUAGAGCAGUUUGUCGAGGAGCUGUCUGAGGAGGAGAGGGCCAAAGAGCUGAAGCAGGAGAAGAAGAGGCAAAAACGGAAAAAUCGACGCAAAAACAAGUGUGGCUUUGACAUGUCUGAGCAGGAGGCAGAGGACAAGGAGAAAACUCUAGAUGAGGGCUGUCUUGAGUCUGUUGACGGCUCUUGCAAGGUCUGUGGUAGCCAUGACGAGGAGGAGGAGGAGGCUGGAUGUGAUGAGAGCGUUGCUGCCAAUAGCACUUCCUGUAGCUGCCCAAACACCAAACAGGAUUUGUCCCCCCUCGGCAAUGGUAGUGACCUCGGCUACUCCUCAAGCAUGGAGGGCAGUGAGACAGGAUCCCGAGAAGGUUCUGAUGUCGCCUGCUCUGAGGGCAUAUGCAACCAUGAUGAAGCAGGAGAUCACUCAAAUCCCCAUCACUGUGCUGAAGACAAGGAGGAGGAUGGGACAGACAGUUGUGUGGACUGUUGGCCACGCCCUGAGGAAAACACUCAAUGCAAGAGUAAAAAGAAGAAAAGGAAGGGCAAGGGCUUAUGCAACAGUCAGGGACAAAAAGGUGAAGGAUGUAUGCCAGAUGGGAACACAACGGGCCGCGGUCCAUCAUCAUCACACACUUGCCGAACCAAAGAAAUGUUCUCCUUAUGUGGCGAUACAUUUGCCAGCAUUGCACUACGGUUACCAUGGACAGUACAUCAAACGAACCUCAGCCUUCAUGUGCGUCCUCCAGAGGCAAACAUCAGUCUGGUGGAACUUCUGGAUGAUUCAGAAGUGACUUCAGAUGAAGAGAAUUGUCUGACACAAGAUGAAAUCCAGGCAUUUUUAGAAAGAAACCAGUCUUUCUACAACAACCGCGACCAGUACCGACAGCUCCUGAAAGAGAAAUUCACCAACUACUGCCGUGCCACUGAGCAGAGUAAGCCAGUCUGUGGAAAGCGGUUUGCCACCACAAGUGUCAACUCGCUGCACUAGUAACAUCUUCUGGGAGAAACACUCGUGACCACUGCUGCAACAUCUUUAGAAAAGAUCAUUCUGAAGUACAUUUGGUGUCCUGUUCAGCCAUUUCUCCUUUAAAGUAAAUGUGAUUCUUACUUUCUGUUGCUCUGUCUCUCUUUUGCACUCGUACACCAACACUUUUCCACCUCAUUUCUUGGCCACUUUCUCACCUGUAAUUGUUCUCUUUGACCAAGUCUAGCUAUUUGUUGUUGGUCUUCUGUAGGGUCAUUGGGUAAGAGCACAGUGGAAUCAGUAAUCAAGCUUUGAAAGCUGUGACAUUAGGGAUACAUUUUAGGAGUCUUAUUUUAUGUAUUCUUUUUUUUCUAUUUUGUUUCUCUUUGGUGACACUUCAAUGUAGUGGUAAUGGUUGUACCAUCAAAUGUGUACAGAAAUUCUAAAUAUAAAGAUUUUACAGAGAAUAAACAUCCAUUUGUAAUAAGGGUUUGGGUGUGAUGUUAAGAGCGCAAUGUGCAAAAUUUACUAAAUAAAGAAUAUUU